GUUGACUAUCCUAAGACAGGCGUUCCAGCAGUCAUGCCAGCAGAUCUUCGUAUUCAGCGCUGGCCUCACUGGUCCGAGCCUAGGAAUAAGGCAAAAAGCAAAGUAUACACAUCGCACCGAGUCCUCGGUAAGCUUUACGAUGAAGUCAAGAAAGAGCCGUUCCAUGCAGCCUGGGAUAUGCCGUUCGAUGAACGUAUAUUGACCGCUUUGGAGCCAUCGCAUCAGAUGCUGAAUGACGCAAAAGAGAUCAAGGCGCUUUAUGACGAGGCCAUUCGCCGUAUCAUGGCUCAACAUGGUAUCAAGACGGAGUUCGAAGUCUUUACCACUUUCGUUCUCGAGCACCAUCAAGAAAUCGGCGACUACAAGUUCGCAGAGACCAUGGGCGAGAUGACAGCCAACCUGAAGCAGCAGCAUCAAGAGUUGUGCUACAACAGAGCUGGUACCAACGCUGCCGACCGCGAUUGGGACAAGAUGAAGCCAUUCAUUGUCGCCAUGUACAAGGUCACAGCCACAGAGAUUGAGGAAGCGCUCAAGGAGACCAAGACCAUGCGUGCCAAGGGUGGCAGAGAUACGCCAAUUCGUGCUCUGGACUUCAAAAGUAUGCCUCUGAUGUCCUUCCCAUGGAUAUUUGCUGCUGAACUGGGACGUAUCGCCACUAAGGGACACGGUGCUGGCGUUGUUGCUAUGCCAAAGCCCACGCUACCGAAGUCAACGACAGCCGCGAAGAGGAACUGGUCUCUCUUGCCUGAUGGCUGGAAGCCUGCCCCUCUUCUGGAAGUUGACACCUCGAAAGGCGUGGUGCGAGAGGGAGAUCUCUUCGACUUGUUCGGAAGCGGCCCUGCAGUUGACGAUGGUGACAACAAGACUAAGAAAACAGUCGUGGUGGUGCCGAAUAUACCGGACAUGGCGGUUGAGAUGCCCCAGCCGGCGCGAUCCGUGUCACAGGCUGUUUCGCCACCGCUUUCUCCACCAAUGUCACCACUCCGUGCGGACUCUCCCACCGUCCCCAGCCGCCCUGCUACUUCAACUCACACCGCGGAGACAUCAUCAGUGUCAACAAUUUCACCGAUAGGUGCUUCGGACGAGGUGGAGUUUGAGUUUGACGAAGGCGAGGUUGAAUUCGAUGUCACGAAAGAAGAGGGUGAGAUUGCUUUUGACCUGAAGCCAUCUGCUUUUGACAAGUUCGCAGCUUCACAUGGCUUCGGGGACGAUGAAGAACCAUGAGUGACGGGCGCAGAUGAAGUGGUACGAGAUGAGACGACGCGAGGGGAUGAUAGUGAUGAUCCGAAAAGGAGUGAAAUGAUGCGAUCGGGAAUGAUCGCUACAAAAUAGUCGUGCUAGCAAUUGCACCAUUC